ACGCCGCGGACAUCACUCCGGCGACCCGCGGCAUGGGCAAGGAUCGGCUGCCGGCACCUGAUCCUGUCGGGGAUCGGUGUUCUGAGGAGCACUUCAUGCGGCUCCGGGCUGCCGUAAAAGAGCUUGACAGCGCGUGGUACGAUUCCACGAACAAUCUGACGGUCACCGCUGACACUCGGAAGGCCCUCUUCGAGGAGCUUUUAUGGGAGCACCGGGAGCUCGCUGAGGCACAUGACAAGUGCCAAGUGAUCCCGGAAGCUUCCAUCGAUGCUCUCAAGGAGCAGCUCGCCACGGCCCAACGGGAAAAGGACGAGCUCAACCGGCAGCACCAGGAUGAGCUGAACGCCCUCAAGACCAGCUACCAGGAUCUCAAGUCUCAGCUGAUUCAGCUGGGGCUCGAUCACGCCAAGGCCCUCAAAGCCGCUGAAGUGAGCGCAGCGGCCAAGUUGGACGAGGCUCUGGAGGAUGCUUCCAAUGCCACUGUGGUGUUGCGGGCAGAGCUGGAGGAGAUGACCAAGGCCCGGAAGGGUGCCGAGGAGAAGGCCGCGCGGCUGGAGGAGGGGCACAAGGAGUGCGAUCAGCUGAUCCUGCAGACCGACACACUUGCCCUCCGCCUCUUUCCGGACUCGCAGAGGUAUGCCGUCAAGAAGGUCGACGCGCAGCGCAAGGACAAAGGCCAAGCGGAUCUUACCGUGCCAUGGACGCCCAAGGACCAUCUGGUCGCGCUUAACGCGCGGGUGUCCCAUAUGCGCUGCAUAGACCGCAAUCUUUCGGACAUCCCUGAUGUAGCUACCCAGCUAUACAGGACUUUAUGGCCUGGCGAGGAGGUGCCGGACACCUUCUCCCUCAUCAACGACCGCCUGAAAGGUGCCGGCAGGAGGAUCCGCGAGUGGCAGUGCUCUGCUGCCCGCGCUGGAGCGGACUCCGCCCUCCGCGUCGCCUGCUCCUGGUACCCGGAGCUCAAUCUGGACGCCCUUACCGGCGUGCGAAUAAACCCCUCUCUCAAGCGCAACAUUAUUUGUGUCGGCCAGAACUCAGAACACAUGCUCGAUGCUAUAGUUUUGGAGCCUGUAAACCAACAACAUGUGCUUGAUCAUCCGGAGAGCAGCCUCGCCGUCGUCUUCACAACGUGA